AUGGAAGUCGGUAAGCAUUAUAGUAGUAGUACUUCGCCUCCGCAUUUCACCAACGGACACAGUACCGAGACCGUUACACCAUCCUCUACCGAUGCCAAUACACCACAAUCCAAGUUGACUCAAGACCCAACUCAGCCACUCUGUAAUCGACUCGUCCAGGAAGGUUCGAAUUAUAAAGGGACUAUUACGGCCAGCGAAGAUGCUAUGAUUACGACAGGCAAUUCCGUAGAGGGCGUUGUCCCACGGGAUGUCAGUCAGAAGGGAUCAGACUAUGCUGAUAUUGUUUCCAAAAACAAAGCAAAGGUUAACACAGGGAAUCGGAUGAAUGGACAGCUGAGUGGAUAA